AAUUUAUACACAAUGGACACGGGAAAGCAGACAGAAAAGGAGAAAUUGAAUCUCCUCUCCUUAGACGGCGGAGGCAUCCGCGGUCUCUCCUCCCUCUAUGUGCUCAAGGCUAUGAUGGAAGCAAUCGAUCCGGACCAUCCGCCAAAACCAUGCCAAGUUUUCGAUAUGAUCGGUGGGACAAGUGCAGGCGGAUUAAUCGCUAUUAUGCUCGGCCGCCUCAAGAUGGACGUGGACCAAUGCAUCGACGCAUACGUUCGGGUCUCCCAGCAGGCUUUUACCAGGAAGAACUAUGUACCCGUCACUCUACGGGGUAACUUCAGGGCGCGCUUCAACACCGAGAAGCUCGAACGGGCUUUGAAGACAGUAGUGGUCGAACAGGGUCUGGACGAGGAUGCUCUCCUCUGGGACCCUGAUACGUCCUGCCGCGUCUUUGUCUGCACGACGAAGCAAUUGACUGGGAAUGUCACCAGCUUCACGAGCUAUUACCAUUUACGUGGACAGAAUGACUUGUACAAAAUUUUGAAGAUCUGGGAGGCGGGAAGGGCGACUUCCGCUGCGCCGUCGUUCUUUGAUCCAUUGGUGAUAAUCGAUCCGCUGUUGGGGUAUAAGCGGGUGUUUCUCGAUGGUGCGCUUGGAGCCAAUAAUGCCGUUGGACAAAUGUGGCUCCAUGCUGGGGAUUUAUGGGAGGAAGACCUGAAGAGUCGGCUGGGAUGUCUGGUGUCUUUGGGUACUGGCAUGCGGUCUGAGAUGAACUUUACCGGGGGAUUCAUCCAAGAGCUUAAGCUGAGGAAGCGUAUUCUGACGGAUACGGAGUUUGAAGCAGACACAUUUGCCUAUGAGCAUUAUGAUCUAGUUGAGGAACAUCGGUACUUCCGAUUCAAUGUUUCGAAUGCGUUGGGGGAUAUUGGACUGGGGGAGGUAAAGAAGAUGGACAAGAUUGUUUCCGAGACGAGGAGGUAUCUUGCCAAUGAUGCUGUUCGCGAGGAGAUUGCGCUGUGUGCUGCAUCAUUACAACAGAGGCAGGUUUGAGUAAGAUAGAGCCGU